AAUAUUACUCGCAAUAUGAAUGUUUUAUCUGGAUGGUCUGCAGGCUCAGGAAAGUCCUACACUAUGAUGGGAGCGGCCGAGCAGCCCGGUCUGAUCCCCAGACUCUGCAGCUCUCUGUUCCAGCGCACCAUACAGGAGCAGAGGGAGGGCGAGAGCUUCACCGUGGAGGUGUCCUACAUGGAGAUCUACAACGAGAAGGUGCGAGACCUUCUGGAUCCCAAAGGGAGCCGGCAGGCGUUGAGGGUCCGGGAGCAUAAGGUGUUGGGGCCGUAUGUAGACGGUCUGUCUCGCCUCGCUGUGAUGAGCUACAAGGACAUCGAGUCUCUAAUGUCGGAGGGGAAUAAAUCUCGCACCGUAGCAGCCACAAACAUGAACGAGGAGAGCAGUCGCUCACAUGCCGUCUUCAACAUCAUUCUGACGCACACGCUCAGAGACCUGAAGAGUGGGACGAGUGGAGAGAAGGUGAGUAAACUCAGUCUGGUGGAUCUGGCCGGCAGUGAGAGAGCUGAUAAAACUGGAGCUGGAGGAGAAAGGCUCAAAGAAGGCAGCAACAUUAACAGGUCAAACAUACACACACACAUUUGUUUAUAUCUUGUUGGGAAUUUUACAACUUUGCUGUUCUUGAA